AAUUUUCGUCAACGUGAUUAGUCCAAUAGUUUUAUCGUCGAGUCGUUGCUUUUAACCAUAUUCGUUGACCAAACGGUGGGCUUUAAUGCGGACUAUAUCUGUAUGAGGCAACAUCUAAGCUAAAUCAGUAGCUUAUAUAAAGACCCUUACAUUUUGACACAAUGUAUCGAGCUCCAAAAUGCCCGAAUUGCCGUCGAAAUUAUGCCGGACCCCAUGUGCAAGGUGGGAGCUUUCAGCCCCUGAUUCUGAAGUGUGGACAUACGUUUUGUCAGGCUUGCCUUGCCAGGAUCUACAAAUACCUAAAGCAUGAACUGGUCUGUCCACAGUGUAAGGUAUCCACUCCUUUACCAGCGGGCGAGGUCAGCUUCAAGGAACUACCACCUGAUUUCUAUGCAUUGGGUCAAGCAGCUUGGACGUACAACAACAAAACACCAGAUUUCUUUGCACACAAGGUUGAGUUCCAGACCAGACAAGAGAAAAAGUUUCAGGGAAAGGCACUGAAAGGAGGCCGAGCCCUUUGUGAAGAAUGCAGCCAGGAAUCUGCUUCCUGUCAAUGUGAGCAGUGUGACGAGGAGCUCUGUGAUAAAUGCUGGAGCAAGCUACACAAGAACAACUCAAAGAGCAAGAACCCUCAUCACAGGAUCCAGAUACAGAUAGGAGUGUAUGGAUGUGAAGAGCAUGACAACAUGCCCAGAGAGUUCUACUGUAAAGAUGACGACAAGCCGAUCUGUGCGUACUGUGGCUUGACGGGAGAGCAUAAAGGACAUCAAAUCAUAUCAAUAGGAGACCAGAAUGCCAACGUACAAGACCUUUUGAAGCCGGCAUUUGAUAUAGCAAAGGAUGUCCUCAAGAAAUUGUAUUACUCUAAUGUGUCCAUUGACAAGGCAAUUACCAAAGUGAAGAGGGAAUCCAGUCCUGCAUCCGAGGAAAUAAGAUCAAGGUUCUUAAACCUCCACGCCCUGCUCCAAAGAAGAGAAACCAUGCUUCUUCAAGAACUGAGUGACAGCGAGGCUGAUAGACUUCACCAUCUUGGUCAGAUGGAACGAAGUCUGAAAAACAACAUCAGCAGACUGGAAACAGUCAUGUCAGAUGUAGCCAAUUCACUGCAAGAUUCAUCGGAUACAUCCCCAAACCUGACAGAGAUGAUCAGUAUCCUCAACUCGGCCUCGGAGCUGCCUUGUCAUGUGAUUCAAGAUGGCGGCCAGGACGAACCGAUCGGAUUCAAGUCCGGUAAUGAGAUUGUCCAGCACGUCAUGACACAUGGUUCAAUUGAUACUACAGGCAGAACAAGCUGGGAUCUGAAGACACAAGAUGAGCUACCUGCUGAUUACGUGCAACCAAAGAUUGCAGAUGCAAUCCUUAACAACUCAAAGCUUUUCUCCAUCUCCUCUGCUGGAAAAAGUGAAUUAAAAACUACCAGUGCCAAGGGUAAGGGAGAGCAGAAGAAAGCACCCAAAACCAAGAACCAUAUAGCAUCUCAGAAUGGGACCACAUCUCCAUCACAGCUUCAGACCAGUACAACAGCAACCAGGAGGACACCAUCACAGGCUGCAUCCAAGAUCAUGGCUUCUUGUUCAGCAGCUGCUCAAAACCUAGUUUAUGUGGUCCACAUCCGAUCACCGGCCCGCUUCUACAUCCAGCGGAAAUCAGACCGCCCUCGCUUGGCGAGGAUGAUGAAGACCUUGUACAAGGUGUGUGAGAGUGAGGACAAGAAGAAGAGGAUCCCAGACCCACUUGUAGUUGGUCUUCGUUGCUGCUGUAAGUUCUCCGUUGACAAGCAAUGGUACCGUGCAAUCAUCAAGACCCUCCCCGACCAUCUACAGUGUGGGGGACAGAGCACCCUUGACCCUGAUGAUAUGGGUGACGAGGAGAAAGAGCCCAAGGUCGAGGUCACCUACAUUGAUUAUGGCAAUACAGAAUGGGUGCCUGUUUCAAGCUUAUGUAAGAUCCGUGCCAAGUAUGAGCGGGAACCAGACAUGGCUUUAUGUUGUUCGUUAGUGGACAUUGUUUCAACACAGAAGGAUGGUAGAUGGCCAAGAGAAGCCUCUGAAGCUUUCCAAGCCAUGGUAGAGGGCCAAGAAGCCGUACUCAUGAGCGUAAGUUUUCAUUUUUAG